AAAAAGAAUAAUAAAAAUUAAAAUCACCUUAAUUAACUUGAAACAUUCGCUUCAUCUUAUCAUCGUUUAAGAAGAUGAAUUAAGUUUCUGGUUUAUCGUAAACAUGAUAAACCGGUUAUGGUAAUAUUGAAUUUGAUAGGUAUCAUAAAUCACGCGUUGUUUGCUCAACUUUCCCUCUCGGCAGCCUUACUCAGAUCUUCUUCAUCCCUGCACAAGCUACUACAAGUCCAUCAAGCUACCAAUAUUCAAGCAAGAUCGGUUUGUAAAUUUCAAUUAUCUCGAUAUUUAUACAUACACUACAUACACUACAUACAUAUGUCACUAGUGGCUAAACUGGGGCAUGCCUUGACAAUACUUGACAAACUUGACAAACUUGACAAUAGAUACCUUCCUACAUAAGGUAUUUGACAACAUUUUAAUCCUCAAUCAAGUGACAGCCUCAAGUGGCAACAGCCUGGUGCUCAUCUCAAGCCCCCCACGGUUGUCACGACCACAAUUGGGCCCUCGGUUUACACCCGGCAGCCAACAUAUGGUUAGGCAUGAAUUAAAAAAAAUAAUGGGCUGAAAAU